UUUAAAACGCUAACAAAACUGACUGGAAGUGGUCACUUACAUAGUAUACACGAGCGUUUUCGUAACUGGAGAAAAACUUAACAGUGUGACAAAAACAACAUUUAAACUUACAAGUGAGUGAAGAUGGAUAGGUGCCAAGAAGUUGGUUGCGGGUGCCAAGUGUGUGCAAAUCAGUCCUACUGAACGCUGCCUUUGUGCAAGUGUUCUUGAUUUUGUUCAUCACUUAGCUGGAAAUGUGCUGUGCCGAAGGAAGUGAAAUUUAGGGGAGACAUUACACCCUCUUCAAAUGGAGGGAAACGUAGCAUGGGAUGUGUCUGUUUCCCAGAAAUGUUGAAAAAUUUUGGUCUUUCUUACACCCCUGUGAUAGUGUGGUUUACUCAAAACUUUUGUGUUUUUACUGCUCUGUAAAACAUUUAUUCUUUUAAGGUAGCCAUGCCGCCCCAAAAACCAGUGCAUAAACUGAAGUUAUUUGCAAGAGACAAAGUGUUAUAUAACGUAUGCGCUGUCAUCCUUAAUGAAAUAUUUUUCGGGCAAGAAGAAGACUGGGAUGUCUAUGGGCCACCUAGAUUAUCUGUGAGACUGGAAUUGGUGAGAGAGAUUCUCAUAGAUUCCUUAACCCCAGGAAUCAUGGAGGAACUCCUUAACACUAUCCUUGCUCGUGAUGAAGAGGUUGAGGCCAUUGUCAGGUACCUUGCACUGCAACUCCUUCUCAACCCAGGUGUAAGAAACCUGUCAAUUGGAAAUUUCCCAGAGACAUACUAUUCCAUGGUCCUUGAGGUCAUUUCAAAAAAUGGAACAGGGAUUCACCAACUUGACCUACGGGGCAUCUGGAUAGGAACAGACCACAGAAACGCCCUCCUGCGCGUCUUAAGAAGAUUAGAUGACAUUAGACGUCUUACUCUACGCUACAACUGUGAUGAUGAAAUGCUAAGCACCAUCGGAAAGUACUGCAACAGACUCCAAAAGAUUGACGUGUCAGGAUCUCGUAACAUUACAGAAGAAGGCCUUCGCAAGCUGUGUAGCAACCCAUCUCGGGUGUGCAUAGAUUUGCUGAAACAUUCCCUGCAAAUUGUAGAUUUAGGUGGUCCUGGUGCACAGAGCCUUCCUCCUUCCCAUGUUAAGUACCUGUUUGUCACUCUUCCUAAUUUAGUUAGUGUGGGCUCGUAUGAGUGUACAGGACAAGCAGUGGAAUUAUUUUACAAUACGUACCCUGGGAGAAAAUUGGGACUCUUGUACAUGCAUGACUUAACCACAACCAGUGCCAGAUUGAGCUGCAUUGCUAAAACAUGCCCAAAUUUACAAGCUAUUUAUUUUGACAGCCCAAAAGGCACUGUUGUACAAUAUCUUGACAUGCUGAAAAAGGUCAAUGAACUGAAGCUGCAUAAAGUCCGCUGGACAGACGUCGAAAUUCUACUACCAAAAAUGGGACCCAAUAUUCGUAGUUUAUAUCUUCUAACUGUUUUUGGUGAUGUCAAUUUGGCAGACCUUGGGAGCUGGUGCACAGACUUGCGGCGUUUGGAAUUCCAUAAUGUAUCUCUUGUGAGCCUGGAUUCAACCAAAGAUUCUGCUUUUGAGAAAGUGGUUGAAUUCCUCGUUUACAGUAGUCAAAUGAGCGUGAUGUCUGUGAGACUAAUAUUUAAUCAGUGUAAAGCAGUUGAACGAUUAUCACUGGGUGACUGUGGGCAAUUAAGUGACGCAGCUGUAACGAGUUCCUUAAUAGAUGGUUCCUUGUGUAAGAUCAAAGAACUGUGGCUGGGUGUUGCAGUGGGCCUUACAAUAAGCACUAUUCAGUCUCUAAUUGAGCACUGCCCCAUGCUGACAGAUGUGGGAAAUAUUGCCAAUUGGAAUGUCCAUUCUGAUGACAUCGAUCUCCUUAGGGUGCAGCUCCUCAUCUCCAAUACUGACCUCACUCUUCACGAACUGGCUACGGAAAACGAUGAUGAAUGGAUAGCUAUUGGUUAAAUCCUUUGAUGUUGCGUCACACAAUGUAAUGUUCUAAGGGGUCCACAAUAAAAAAAAAUGUUGCGAGUUCGUGUAAAAUUUUAAAACUACAAAACGAGCUAACGACCAGUGGCAACAAUCUUCAGCAACUCUUGUUUGUUUAUUUUUAAAUUCACCUAAGUACAUGGUGUGACUAAUUAUCCACCUGGACUGAAGAUGAACCCAGGGAAGGGUUCGAAAGCUUUUUGUGAAGUUUUAAAAUUAUACACGAACUCGCAACAUUUUUUAUUAUUGUGGACCCCUUAGAACAUUAUAUACGUAUACUCUCAUGAUAGAGUUUUCCCCAACACAAUGUAAUGCUAUCAAUUACGCAUACUUAAAUCCUAUGAUGUUGCUAUCCAUUAUGAAUACUAAGUGCUUGAAGGUUACUGAAAUUAUCUUAGAAGGAGACUGGAAUGUACAAACUUUGUUUAAAAACAUGUAUGAACAAACAACAAAAAAGUGGAUCUCAAAGACAUAAAUAAUACAGCAACCUUAAGUUUAAUUCAGUGAUGUGAACUUGCCGUUUUGUUAGCUAUCCAGUAUCUUAUUUGUAAAUUUUGUAUUAUGCUUCAUAUGUAAUGAUUCACAAAUUAAUUUGUAAUAUAAAAAAAUUUUCACUAACGUACGCUCUAAGACUAUCAUAACUAAUCAAAAUGCAAAGAACGACCAUCUUUCAUUUUGGUAUGAUAUCUGUUGUUGAACUGCAUGUCACUAGUCACACCAAUAUUGUGAUCUCAAUUUGGUGAGUUAAUUGUGGAGUUAAUACUCAGUUGUUCGUGUUCAUUAUGGUUUAAGUGAAUAUAAUACUUACAAUCUAUGUUUAUUAAGUUUUGUCCUCAACUUGUAAUCCAGACUCGUGAAGAAGAUGGUAGACUUGUAUCUGGCAGAAAUAUUACUUAUUAUAUAAAAGCAUAAGAGUAACCUAGACUCAUACAUGUAUGUGCACAUACAUAUUUGUUUGUUUGUAUGGUGCUUUUACGUUGCAUGGAACCAGUGGUUAUUCAGCAACGGGACCAACGGCUUUACGUGACUUCCGAACCACAUUGAGAGUGAACUUCUAUCACCAGAAAUACACAUCUCUCACUCCUCAAUGGAAUGGCCGAGAAUCGAACUCGCAACCACCGAGGUGGGACGCUAAUACCAUACCAACCACGCCGCUCACUCAUCAAGUUAAGCAUUAGCUGGUUGUACGUGAAUUGAUUUCUUUUCAAGACUGUGAAGGUGCUUUUGUACUUUAUUAUUAUUAUUUCCUGCUAAAGAAAUAUUGUCGGGCGAAUAUGUAUAUAUCGAUGUCUCACUGUAAAAAAACUAACAUUGUAAAAUCUUUGGUAAAUAAAUUGUGGACUAUUGA